AUGCCUAGAUUGCUCGCUACUGCUCGUGGGGCAUACACGAAAGCCCCGGGGGCUCCUAACCCCAACAAGCGUCUCGCGGGGACAAAUAUUCGUACCCAGGUGCGAGUGGUGACGGCACCGAACGCACCUUCAGGCCCCGGAGAAGAGCUCGAGGAGGAAGACCCUGAAGAGGAAUCCGAAGAAGAAGAGGAACCAGCGCCCCAGAAGCGCAAGACGUCCAGAGGGGCGAGCGGAAAGAGAAAGAGGGAAUCAUCAGAUGACGAUGACGAUGAUGAGGACGAAGACGGUGAGGAUGAUGACGAGGAGAGCGGGUCCGAUAAAAGACCCAAGAAGAACGCGAAACCCGCCGCCGCCGCCCUCAUCAACACAAAGGUUAAAGGGGGUAGGCCUCCGAAGAAGACGAAGAAGGCCAAACAGCCCAAAGAAGAGUCCGAGGAAGAGUCCGAGGAAGGGUCUGAAGAAAAGAAGCGCGAUCUUCCUGAUGGAGUAUAUCGAAUCCGAGACAUCCUAGGGAAUUGGGUGGAUGAUGAAGGUCGACUUUGGCACUAUGUCGACUGGGAACAAAACGAAGAGACUGAUGAGAUUUACGAACCAGAAUGGGUAAGUUCCAUAUUUGAUACCCUGCUGUUCGGUUUCCUGUUUUGGCGUUAUAGACGGGAUGUAUGCAGUGCACUAAUCACUAUCUGGGAGUACAGGUGCUGGCCGAUCAUGUCGAUGAAGCAAACGAGAUACUGGCCGCAUGGAGCGAGAGAAGGGCCCAGAGGGCCAGAACUGAGGAGGAAGUCAUGGCCGAGGCCGUGGACCCUGAGCAGAUCCGCGAGGAGGAUGUGCCUGAGGAGGAACUGCCCCCCGUGGAAGAGCGAAGAGAAGUUCUCUUUGGUAGGAGGAAGGCGGGACGGAAGCCGAGGGAAGAGCCGAUGUAUAAGAACAGACAGCUUGUCGCUAUGA